AUGGACAAAACCAAUAUUCGGGCGAAAAUCGGCGAAGGUUCCGGUUGUACGAUUGUUCCGUCUAAAGCUUUGGGAGAUAAUGUCGCCGCGGCCGAGAAGCAGGUUCUUUUCGCUGGAGUCGAAGUUUUUGUUCCACAGGUUACAGUUUUGGAUGAAUAUGCUCUUCGGACGGAAGAUCUCAAGCCACCGGAGCAAGUAUACGGUAGCGACAAUGCUAAAAAUGGGUCUGAUAAGCCUAGUUCUUGUAAAAACAUUUCUGGAGCCGGAGGAGCUUUCGAAACACCAGCGCGCACUCACAUGAAAAACAAUAAUUCUGCUUCACGGUCUGGGCGUCCAGAGAUAGAUACUUAUCUUGCAGAAGAAGGAAGUAAAGAAGAACAAGUUGGCGGCGGUGAUCUGGGUAAACUAAGGUUUGACAACUCGAUUUCUGAUCAGAACCAAGACGGUAUUUGCACGUAUUCAGGACCUCGUAUUCCAAGGACCCAAAGCACAACGUUUUUACAGAAUUCAGAACUUCAACCCAAACUAAACACAUGGCCAUUUGACACCCACACUGAAAUUGUUAAUUCAAAUACACAGAUUCAAAUUCCAGCGCUCUCAGAGGAUCCAAACAUCCAAGAGAAACGAAGGAGGCCAGUAAAUGAAUAUGGCAGUAGCAGUGGUGCUAAAAAUCAUUCCAGAAAGUCUAAUACGGUCGAAAAUGUUCUUGGAGCCAAACGAACUAUAACAGACACCCAGAACGACAUCGAAGAUUCGACUAGACCAACUCAAGCUUCAACGAUCUCAGACAACUUGAAAAUCCAGGAGAAAGAAAGCAGUUCUCUCGGCGCGUCCUACAUUAAUAGCGAUGGUAGACUCAAUUCUAGCGCGUAUAGUUCUAGCAAAAACAUUCUUAAUCUCGAUUCUAGAAAGCCUGGUCCUAUUAAGCCUAUUUUUGGAGCCCAAAAUAGUUUCGAGAUUAUGGAAGACACUCGCUUUUAUAUCGAGGAUUUUCAUACACGGUCUCAAAUAUCAACAUUCUCGGAAGGGUCAAAGUUUCCGGAGAAAGAAAACAAACCAUUUCGUGAAACCCAGGGUAAUAGCAGUCUUAGGCAUGAUUUAAAUAAGUCUAGUCAUGUUAGAAACGUUCUUCAGGCCAAAGAUGAAUUCGAAAUUACAGCAGACACUUACAGUUGCAUCGAUGAUUCAAAUGCUCCGACUCAAGACGCAACACUUUUUAAUGAAGUCAAUAUUCAAGACAGAAGAAUUACACCUGCUGAUCACAUCUAUGGAAAGAGCACUAUUGGACACGGUUUUGUUAAGUCUAGCUCAGAGAAAAUCAUUCUAGAGGACAACGAAGAAAUCAAUGCAGCCACCUGUACAAUUGCCAACACUCCAAGUACUCCACAAGCUCAAAAUCCUUCUUUCUCUGAGAAACCGAAUGUCGAACCGAGAGAAAACCAGCUGCUCGAUGAAACAUCCAGUAUUAGCUCCCUUGAGAGAAUUUCCGCGAGAGUCGAUAUAACAACCUCACAGGCUGACGAAGAUCCGACCAACCUGGAAUUUCAACCAAAGACUAUUAGGCAUAAAGAAAUUUACAGCAAUCAUAUAUUUGUCAAUUCUGGCUCCGAAGAAAAUAUCUCAGCAAGCGAAUCCAUUUCAACUCCUAGGAUUUCCUUGCCGAAGGUCGAUAUCUCAAUCUCACGAAUUUACAAAAGUCAACUGUUUUCUCCACAAUUAGGAUUUCGACCACAAGCACUUAGUACUCUUGAAGAAAUCUACGGCAAUAAUGAAAGCUCUUUUAAUAGCGUCGGCCAUACUUACUCAAAACUCCACGCGACCUCACAAAUUCACAAUUCGGGGUUCCCAAGUCUAGGUAUAAUUAGGAGUGGAGCUGUAGAGUCCAAAUCUGGGAACAAUGGUGCAAAGGCCAGAACUGCGACUUUCGACUUUUACACUGAUAUAAAGAAUAUGAAUUCAACUUCUCAACACGCCAGAUCCCUCGCCCAAUCCCACAUCGAAGGUGGGGAGUUCCUGACCAUCUGUGAAUCCCACGGCAGAGACCAGCCCGGGUCUCGAGUGGAGAGCCCAGAUCCGUUAAACGACCUCAACAAAGAGCUCGAGCUAUACGCUGAGCUCUCCCAGCACCAAUCUGCCGCGAGUGUCUCCGCAGCAUCCUCAAAAAUAUCUGCAAACCCCGUUUACCACAGGUUUGACGUUGCGACAUCCAGGCCACUCACUUUGACGAUCCAACAGCAGCUUGCCAUCCAGCCAAAGAUGAUUGAACUUUUAGAAGGAGUCUUCGGCAAAGUGAGUGCAGAGCUCCUUAUCGCCAACAACGCCCCCAACGUGGCCAGGCUGAUUGCCAGCGUCGACCCCGUAUGGCUAUUAUUGACGUCAGUGGACCGGCGGCCAUUGAGGGUCUGCGACUUUCCAAUGGCGGCAUGGGAUCAACUUGUUCACCGAACAAUUUUGAACGUUCAGGAGCUCAACAAUGAGCAGGGCAUUGCCCUCAAUCUCACUCCUACCGUCAACGGAUUAGAGGAAUCUGUGCUGGUCAAUGAUCGGUUCAGCAGCUGCAAAGCUGUGUGGAGCCGUUCGAACCAGCACUUUCCUCCACCAGAACAGGGCGGUUGCAGGAACAACAGAGAGCGACGUUACCGAUCGAACGACUCUCUCUGGGGUGCUCCUUAUGAGUCAGAGAUCUCUUCGAUCUCCGAUAGUUCCUCAACCGUCUCUUCCAACCUCGACAUCUCCGCUAUCCCCACCACUGUCCCUACCACCCUGUCAGCAUCAGCCACACCAUUCAUUCCGCGCCAGGCUUCGGUCCAGUCUUCGGCCCAGUCGACCAAGAAGACCCGGUCUAGGAAGCCCGCCGAGCCCCAUGGUCGAGGCAUUCUUAUCAAGAACCUCCCUCCGGACCUCACUCUUGCAGAGCUUGGCACGCAUCUGGGUGGGGGACCACUCGAGCGCAUCGACUUCCACGAUGGCGAGUCCCGAACAGUAGUCGGGAUCUACUUCAUCUCCCGGGAUGAUGCAGCCCGUUACCGGGACGCCGUCAACCAGAACCGUGGAAUCUGUUGGGGAGGUGGAGUCGUUCCUGGACGCUCCAUCCACAUCCCGCGGAGCUUCGUGGAGGUCAUCCCGUCACGGAAGGGAGGCCACGAGCCGAUCAAGCCAAACGUGGUGAUGGCGAUGGAGUCCGAGGGGGCCACGAGAUGCAUCGAAAUCACUGGGCUCCCCUCUUGGAUCAAUAAGGAGAAGCUGCUGGCCAUGAUCAGCAGGCAGAGCAAGGCUAUCAUGCCUGCUGUCGAGUACUGCGUGGUCGGCAGGGACCCGAUGAUGAGGCACCUUGGCCUCAAGGCGGCAGUCAUUCGGAUGGCCUCACUGGGGACUGCUCUAGGAGCCAGACUCUGCCUCCGCGACAGAAAGGGCUUCAACCACAUCGGCUUCAGGUUCCUCCCGGAUCCGUGCCAGUUCGUGGAUCUGGGGCUCCUGAUAGCGAAGUGGGAUGACGCCGACGAGCUGGACAGCAAGCACAGGCUCCUAGACAGCCGGGCUGAGAUGGUCCGUCGGCGUGUGCAUGCGCAGGCGGGAAGGAGGAGUGGCUACCACUGGUAUUAA